AUGGCGGAACAUGUUGCAGGCUCGAAGAGUUUGCAUCAUGUGCACUUGUUAGACGAGUCUGUGAGUAAGGAUCUACUUUGUCGCAUAAUGUUUGAAGAAGAGGAUUGCCCUGGUGAAUUGCAAGGGGUGGUGGCUAAGAUUGGGAGUGAUUGCAGUGGACUUCCUCUUGCCAUUCAUGUGAUUGGAGGGCUCUUGUCAAAGGUUGAAAGAUCAAGAGAUGUUUGGGAACGUGUUUCAACCGAUGUAAAAGUUUCAAUUGUUGAAUCAGACAAGCAUGGAGAUAAGAGUUUGGAGGAAGAAGCCGAGGAUUACUUAAAAGCUCUGGUUGAGAGGAAUUUACUUUUGGUUAGACAGAAAAAAUCCAAUGGGAAACCAAUGAGUUACUCAAUCCAUGAUCUGUUGAGGGAUUUGUACAUAAGGAAGACAAACGAGGAGAAGUUUUUAAACGUCAAGAAUUGCAUGCGCCGUGCAAGUGUUCAGUCAUCACAUGGAAUGGAAGAUGUGCGUGCUUCACCCCAAUUGAUGUCACUUGCUCGAUCUUUUAUAUGCACUGGGAAGGAGAUUAUAUCUCCUAUCUUUUCCAUAUUUAAAUUGGUCAGGGUGCUAGAUGUAAUGGAAAUGUUAUUCGAGGAGUUCCCCAAAGACAUGUUACAACUUGUAAACCUACGUUACAUAGCUUUCUCUUGCACUUCAGGAGUACCUAUUGGGAUAUCAAGAUUGUGGAAUCUACAAACCUUGAUUUCUAGGCAAGAAAUGAUGCACAGUGUGCCAGAUGAGAUAUGGGAGAUGUCUGAAUUAAGACAUCUCUGGUUGGUCACAUUAAUCGAAAUUGGGAAGGGAUACAAGAUAAGAUUUGUUCAUAAGAAGUUGCAGAUGAUUUACUUUGUUAGGAUAACUCCUUCACUUAUUAGGAAUGGUUUCUUUGAGAUCAUCCCAAAUAUCAGAAGCUUAGGAAUCUAUUACUUGGAUUCACCAGACGUUGAAGUUGAUCUUAGUCAUCUUCACAAACUCAAAAAUUUAAAAUGCUUUUCUGUAUUGACUAAAGAUGGUAGCUGUUUUCUGAACAAACUCAGAUUUCCAUGUAGUAUUAGAAAGUUAGUUAUUAUUGACUGUGUAGUAUUUCGGAGUUUCUUGACAACUCUAUGUGCACUAACGAAUCUGGAAGUGCUCAAAAUAGCCUAUUGUGUGUUUGAAAGAGACGGAGAGGCAGAGGAAGAAGAGUGGGAGGCGACAGAAGGAGAUGAAUUCCACUCACUGGAGUUUCUGUGUCUCCAGUCCUUAAAUAUAGUGUGCUGGAGAGACGACGAGACCAACUUCCCUAAACUCCGAGUGCUGCAUGUAUUCAGAUGCAAUGAGCUAGUGGAAAUCCCAUGCGGCAUUGGAGAUAUCCCAACCCUCCAAGAAAUUGGCAUACGUGAAUGUGGCGCUUCCGUAGUGGCCUCAGCACUACAAAUUCAGAAGGUGCAACGAGAGGAGUACGACAACUACGACCUCAAAGUUAUUAUAGAAGAUUAG